AUGGUGGAUAACCUAUUGACCCAUGUUCAAAUCCUGACACCACUCAGCCCUUGUGGCCAUGGAGGUUCGCCUGCAGUGACUCCAGGGCAUGAGUCGAUCACCAAAUCCCAACAACGAAUACUCUUCGCUAAAUCGAUUCUGCUCGCGAUCGUCUUCCUCAUCCGUUUCCAAGCGCUUCGUUACUGCGGUACCGCUGCUAUGAUCCUCGCGGAAACGUCCGGUUACGUCGCUUCUCAUUUCGUCACCGGACAAAAUCGCAGUUUCACUCAUCUAGAUCGGGUUGGUUCCAAUAAGGUUCGUGGAUUUUUCGCGUUGUUCAUCGGAUUAUUAUUAUUAUCCAUCAGUUGGGAUCGAAUUGAAUGUUUCCCUUUCUCUUUUAUCAACCUCGGGUUUUUGAGUGGGUACGAACAAGGGUCUAUAAAUUGGGGAACAAUCAGGGAAUUGGGUCGGAAAGAGGUUCGACUGAUUUCAUUGCUCUACACUACUGCUAUCCUCUUUGUCCCUGCUGCCAUUAGUAUGCUGGUCUUCGAAGCAGAGGGAGACAGUGUUUCCAUUCGCACCCUUGGGUGGCCAUUAGCAAACACAGUAGUUUUCGGAGUGCUUUUGAGUGAGAAUUACACCGAUGAGAAGCUAAUAACCUUCAAAGAUUUCCGAAAAGAGUUUCUUGUCACAUUCGUAUGCACCAUUAUCCUUGAGUUGCUUUAUUACCCUGAACUUUCCCUUUGGGGAUUACUAAUCUGUGGUAUACUUCUUGGAAUUGGUGUGAUGGAAUUAGAUCCUGCUCGUUUAAUCUCUCUGGAAUUAGGGUUAGAAUCAUCAGAUUCAUUUCUAGUUUCAGUCACAAAGUCAAUUCGUCACAUUAUGAGUGAAAGAAAAUCAAGAAAGAUUGCUCUUUUUCUCUUGAUCAAUUCUGGUUAUAUGGUGGUGGAAUUUGUUGCAGGUUUUAUGAGCAAUAGUCUUGGGUUGAUAUCUGAUGCAUGUCACAUGCUGUUUGAUUGUGCUGCACUUGCUAUUGGUCUUUAUGCAUCUUAUAUUGCUCGAUUACCUGCAAACAAUCAGUAUAAUUUUGGUCGUGGGAGAUUUGAGGUUUUAUCAGGUUAUAUGAAUGCUGUGUUUCUUGUUUUGGUUGGAGCUUUGAUUGUUUUGGAAUCAUUAGAAAGAAUCUUGGAGCCUCAGGAGAUUUCUACUUCAAGUUUGUUGAUGGUUUCAAUUGGAGGUCUUGCUGUUAAUGUUGUGGGGUUGAUCUUUUUUCAUGAUGAACAUCAUCAUGCCCAUGGUGGAGGUGCAUCAUGUUCCCAUUCCCAUUCCCAUUCCCAUUCCCACUCUCAUCAUCAUGAUCAUGCCCAUGUUGGACAUGAUCAUGAAACAGAUGGUAAACAUCUAGAAGAUCACAAACAUAAACAUGAUCACCAUCACCAUGAACCCCAUCAUGAUCAUGAUCAUCAUCAUGAACACCAUGAUCAUGAUCAUCAUCAUGAUCAUGAUCAUCAUGAACACCAUGAUCAUGAUCAUGUUGUCAAAGAGGAUAAACAGAAGCAACAUCAUCAUCAUCAUCAUAUUGAUCACAACAUGGAGGGAAUAUUUUUGCAUGUUCUUGCAGACACAUUAGGAAGUGUUGGGGUUGUAAUUUCAACUCUUCUGAUUCAAUACAAAGGGUGGCUUAUUGCUGAUCCUGCUUGUUCUAUCUUUAUAUCAAUAUUAAUCGUGUCUUCUGUGAUACCAUUGUUAAGAAACUCUGCAGAAGUUUUGUUGCAAAGGGUUCCUAGAUCUCAUGAGAACGAGCUAAAAACAGCUAUAACUAGUGUUAUGAAGAUAAAGGGUAUAUCUGGAAUUCAGAAUUUUCAUGUAUGGAGUCUUGCAAAUAACGAUGUUGUUGGGACUCUUAAUGUGUAUAUUUCUGAGGGAAUUGAUCAGUUAGAUGGAAAGAUUCCUGCUUUCAAGAAUCUUGAAAGGGAUCCAAGAUUUGAUCAUAGAAGGAAAAGAUGA